AUGUUCUCUUGUCAAUAUUUAAUCAAUAUACCAAUUACUUUAAUUCUAUUACUGACAAUUAAUCAACCGACAAUAAUUCUAUCUACAGGACAAUUAGAAUAUCGUAUACAAAAUGGUUUUCCAGUGAAAAUAGGUGAAUUUCCAAUGAUUGUAUUAUUGUUGGGUAGAAAGCAUCGAUGUACAGGAACAAUUAUAUCAAAGGAUAAAAUAUUGACAGCUGGACAUUGCGCAUGCGGUGAUCCAACUUAUAAAGUCUACGCAAAUGUAACAGAUCUCAACGGUCGACAUUCAAGUUACGCACAACAUCGUGAAGCUGAUAGGGUUGCCUAUCCACUAGCAUAUAGAAAUCAGUGUCAUGCUAUAAAUCUCGGUUUAACAGAAAAUCAAGAUCGACUUGGUGGUUCUCCGGAUAUUUCAAUUUUUAUUGUAGACCAGCCAUUUAGUCUAGAGAAGGGGUAUGUGGAAAUAGGCAGUCUAGGAUAUGAAAAGCCAGCUUUCUCAGGAGAGAAAAAUACUACUGAUGUGGUCAUUUUAGGAUAUGGUGAAGAUGGAGAAAACGAUAGAACUGGUCAACUUCGCUUUGGUAUUAUCAAACUUUCUGAAUGUCCAACAAAUAUAAAUAUACCAACAGAAGGUGCACUUUGCGCUAAUAUAAAUUCAAAUGAACAAGGACCAGAUGUUGGUGACAGUGGAGGACCAAUAUUCAAUGAAGACGGACAGGUUAUCGGAAUUACUUCAAUAGCUGGAAAUGGUUGGUUUGUAUUUUCUAGUGUUGCUACACACAAAAAAUUUAUUAAAAAAGUGAUUAAUGAUAAUUUCUAA